GCGGCCCGAGCGGGUUCCGCCCGCCCGCUCGCCUAGUGCGCCUGGCCGCGGCGCUCGCCUCUCGGCCGGCUGCCUGCUGCCUGCCCGCGUCCAGCGCGCUCCGACAUGGCUGGCAAAGCACACAGGCUAAGCGCCGAGGAGAGGGACCAGCUGCUGCCAAACCUGAGGGCUGUGGGGUGGAAUGAGGUGGAAGGCCGCGAUGCCAUCUUCAAGCAGUUCCAUUUCAAAGACUUCAAUAGGGCUUUUGGGUUCAUGACAAGGGUGGCCCUGCAGGCUGAGAAACUGGACCACCAUCCUGAGUGGUUUAAUGUGUACAACAAGGUCCACAUCACCCUGAGCACCCAUGAGUGUGCAGGCCUUUCAGAGCGGGACAUAAACCUGGCCAGCUUCAUCGAACAAGUAGCAGUGUCCAUGACGUAGGAGGCCGUCCUUCCUCUUUAAUUCCUCAGGGGGGAGGGGUGGUUGAAUAGAGAAUCCAGGGAGGGAGGUGGGGAGCCCUUGGUCCUGAGGCCUUGCUGAGUCACCAUUGCCAAGUCCGCCCUGCUGCCCCUGUUUGGGGGUGAGUCCUUGCCGUGAACAGGAGAGGACCACUUCACUGACCUUUCCCCCAUGCCACUCUCUUCAUCCUUGGGGCUUUGUUACGCAUACACUAACUUGAAUAAACUCUUCCCUUUCUUUGCAACUUCCCAGCAAAUCAUGAUUUUCUUUCCCAGCUGUACCCUUUCUGAUUCAUUUCUCUAGAAGCUGUGAUAGAUAGAGGGGGACAUGAAGUCUUAUCUUAGAAACCAGGACCCCAAAGUAAACCCCACCCUAAAUGAUGGAAACAUGUGCUUUUAGGCCUCAAAUAAAACUAUUGUGUCACUG